AUGGCACCAAGAGCUAAAGCAACUAAUUCCUCCUCAAAUAGUAAGGGACUCAUUGAGAAGGAGGAUAUCUUUCCCACGAUCGUUCAUUCAAGCCCCGUCACCCCUCUCCAGCACUCUCUUCUCACCUCUCCUUUCAAUUCUAACCUCGAAGAAAAUGGCGAACCUCAAGCUGAGCAUAGUCUCGAAGAAUUAAUUGACCCACAGUUGAUGCAGAACAAUGCCAUCAAUCCUUCUCACGCCCAAGAUCUCAAUCAUCAAUUUUCUUUGGAAGUUGAUCCUUCAUUCAAUCUGGGUUCAGAUUUCCCUGAGUCCGUCCUAGAUUCAUAUUCAAUUAAUUUGACAAAUCAGCAUGCUUCAAGUAGCGACUUUGCUGACUAUAUCCCCAAUCCAAACGAUUGCAAUUCAUUUCCUCUUGACAACGUUGGAGCCCCUUCAUCUUUCCGACUCGGCAAUACAAACGACCAUGUCGAGGCUCAAAAGUCAUCUACAAAGGCGCCAUUUGUUGAUCCUAUGCAUGCACAUGCGCACCUGAAGCAUGUGGCUGUAUUUUGCUGCCAGUCUCCAAUCUGUGUACGAGAGUGUAAAGCAGACUACAAGUAUGCGACUCGUCAAUUUACAUUGUUUUACUCUCGACAAUCGAUUGAAGAGCCAUUGUACAGUGGUCGCAAGCGUGUUCUGCCACAGAGAAGCAAUCCAGAUCAGCGCAUUCCGAUGCUUCUCCUUUCCGGAGCUCGGGUCUACAGGGUCGACAAGUUGGGAGAGAAUCCGGUCGUACGACUUUUUGUUGGUGACAUCAUUAACCGCAAGAAGAAGUAUUGGGAGGUUUUGCCUGGAGGCGCAGUUGAGCAGUUGGGAUGGAUUCAGGAGUUGAGAGACACGGCAGCUCCUGCCGACCAAUGUAGUGCUUGGAAGUGCCCCACCCAUGGAGAUAUUUGGAACGUCAGUAUCUUAGACCAUCUUUUCGACAAUGGUGCCGAGAAUACUGGUACACUGGGAACCGACUAUGACAGCGGGUAUGCGAGCUCCUCUGGUCAAAUGGGAAGUUCGUCAAGAAAGGGAUCAUCUACAUAUGGAGACAAUAAUGCCACUUUCAAUACGAGCCCCAUCACUCCUGUCAACUACUCGGUCUGCGACAAUAAUUUCAACAUCAAGAUGAGUCCCGUCACUCCUGUCAAUUACUCGUUCGACGGUUGCAAUAUGGUUUUCAAUGCGAGUCCCACCACAUCUACAACCUGUUUAAGUGGUGAUCAACAUGGCCCAGCAACUACCACAGCAACUACCAUUCGCAAUCCCAAGCCUCGCCGUAACCGAAACCGCAAUCUCAGCCACGGUGCUAACAAGAUGAUCUCAAGAGGCAGCAACAACUCUCUUGAACAAAUAGAGGAAGAUCUCGAGGACUUUGAGAUCAGCGGCGACGUUGCCGAACUUCUCGAGUUCGGUGACUACGCUAGUACCAGCGGUUGCGACUUCAUGCAACCCCAAGAUCACAUGUGGGAUGAUGAUCUCCUCAGUGAGGUCAAUACUUUCAUCGCCGAUGGAAUCCACUUUGGCGAACCUGUUGAAGAUACAAUUGAACACGACUUAGAUGCUAUUUGA